AUGGUGGACAUGGGGGGCCUGGACAACCUGAUCGCCAACACCGCCUACCUGCAGGCCAGGAAGACGGACUCCGACAGCCGCGAGCUGCAGCGGCGCCGCCGGAGCCUGGCGCUGCCCGGGCCGCAGGGCUGCGCGGAGCUGCGCCAGGCGCUGUCCCCGCAUUUCCACAGCCUGUGCGAGCAGCAGCCCAUCGGCCGCCGCCUCUUCCGCGACUUCCUCGCCACCGUGCCGGCGUACCGCGAGGCGGUGGCCUUCCUGGAGGAGGUGCAGAGCUGGGAGCUGGCCGAGGAGGGGCCCGCCAAGGGCAGCACGCUGCAGGAGCUGGUGGCCACUUGUGCGCGCGAGCCCGGCCCCGGGCACCCGCACCCCUUCCUCAGCCUGGCCCUGACCACCAAGUGCCGCGCGGCCUCCACCGAGGACGAGCGCAAGGCCCUGAUGGAGCAGGCCAAGGCGGAGACCAUGGCCUUCCUGCAAGAGCAGCCCUUCCGGGACUUCCUGGGCAGCCCCUUCUACGACAAGUUUCUGCAGUGGAAGCUCUUUGAGAUGCAGCCGGUGUCCGACAAGUACUUCACCGAGUUCCGGGUGCUGGGGAAAGGUGGUUUCGGGGAGGUGUGUGCCGUCCAGGUGAAGAACACUGGCAAGAUGUACGCCUGUAAGAAGCUGGACAAGAAGCGGCUGAAGAAGAAGAGCGGGGAGAAGAUGGCCCUCCUGGAGAAGGAGAUCCUGGAGAAGGUGAACAGCCCCUUCAUCGUCUCCCUGGCCUACGCCUUCGAGAGCAAGACCCACCUCUGCCUGGUCAUGAGCCUGAUGAACGGGGGGGACCUCAAGUUCCACAUCUACAACGUGGGCGAGCGCGGCCUGGCCAUGAGCCGGGUCAUCUUCUACUCGGCCCAGAUGACCUGCGGGGUGCUGCACCUGCAUGGGCUGGGCAUCGUCUACCGGGACCUGAAGCCCGAGAACGUGCUCCUGGACGACCUCGGCAACUGCAGGCUGUCCGACCUGGGGCUGGCCGUCCAGGUCCAGGAGGACAAGCCCAUCACCCAGAGGGCUGGAACCAAUGGUUACAUGGCCCCUGAAAUCCUGAUGGAAAAGGCGAGCUAUUCCUACCCUGUGGACUGGUUUGCGAUGGGAUGCAGCAUUUACGAAAUGGUGGCUGGACGAACACCAUUCAAAGAUUUCAAGGAAAAGGUCAGUAAAGAGGAUCUCAAGGAAAGAACCAUGAAAGACGAGGUCGCAUUCCACCAUGAGAACUUCACGGAGGAGACAAAAGACAUCUGCAGACUCUUCUUGGCUAAGAAACCAGAGCAACGCUUAGGAAGCAGAGAGAAGUCCGACGACCCCAGGAAACACCCUUUCUUCCAGACCGUGAACUUCCCGCGCCUGGAGGCCGGCCUGGUGGAACCCCCGUUCGUGCCGGACCCCUCGGUGGUUUACGCCAAGGACAUCGAUGAAAUCGACGACUUCUCCGAGGUUCGGGGGGUGGAAUUUGAUGACAAAGACAAGAAGUUCUUCCAGAGAUUUGCUACAGGUGCUGUCCCCGUGGCGUGGCAGGAAGAAAUCAUAGAGACGGGCCUGUUCGAGGAACUGAACGACCCCAACAGGCCGGUGGGGGACGGGAAGGGCAGCUCCUCCAGGUCCGGGGUGUGCCUGUUACUCUAG